CUAAUCCUAGCCGUUGCUGGUAACAGGGAUCUAAUACCCAUACUGCAACAGCCUCAUAAUAAGGACUCUCCGCAAUGCAUCGAUGUAACUGCACUUUGCUUCUAUUGCAACUAUGGCACCCGUUAGUACUCUACAAAAUGGGCUAUCACAAAACGGGGUUUCACACGAAACCGUCUCACCAGAUACUGAUGUGAAUUCUGUUCUGAGUUUAGCAAACAAGGUUUCUGAACUGGCUGUGCUUCAGACCCAUCAAGUCCCUGUUCCCCAAGAAGAGUUCUUGCAGGCAAUCCAGCGCCUUCAAAUCGCAGUCGAAGGGCCCGCGCACUAUGUCGCAAGAAAGAGACAUGAGCCAAACGAAUAUGCUGCUACCCUUCUUGCUAUCGACUCGGGUGUCUUGGAGGCUCUCGUAGACAACGGAAGGAAGCCACUCUCGGCGCAGGAGCUUGCAAAGAAGUCCAAGACCGACCCGCUUCUUAUAACACGUUUCAUGAGAAUCCUGACUGCUAUCGCCCUAUUUGACGAAGUUGAUCUGGAUUUGUAUAGAAGCAACGAAAUAUCGGAAUGGCUCGCAAGACCUGGACAAGCUGAUGGGUAUCGUUUAAUUGCGAGAUGGAUACUCCCUAUAACCAGCAACGUUAGUUCGCUGUGGAAAACUGAUCGACUCUUUCAAUUCCCGGACGAAAGCAAAGGCGAACACAAUCCCUUCAUAGAGACCUUCAAGACAACUCAAUGGGACAUGUUGCGCAAAGAUCCUGACCUAAAGCGGGCGUUUGACAGCUACAUGCCCAUACGUCGGAACGGACUGCGAGUUCCCUGGUAUGAGAUCUAUCCCGCCGCAACAGAGCUUGAUAUUCAGGGAUACUCCGAACAACAUGAGCCACCUCUACUCGUCGAUGUCGGGGGUAAUACGGGGUACGAGUCUGCGAGUUUCAAAGCAGCAAAUCCACAUAUCAAAGGUCGUGCCGUCGUCCAAGAUUUAGCCGAAACACUGAAUUCUUCUGUCGCUCCGGAAGGGGUUGAGAGGCAGGUGUACGAUUGUUUUACUCCUCAACCAAUCAAAGGCGCUCGAGCCUACUUCAUGAAAGCACUCCUUCAUGAUUUCGAUGAUGCAGAGAGUCGACGCUUGCUGCGCCACACAGUGGAUGCCAUGGGCCCCGAGUCCUCCCUCCUGAUCGACGACUGGGUCCUUCCGGAUACUAAUGCUCCUGUGGCUGGAGGCACGUAUGAUAUCAUGAUGUGGCUGCUUCUGUCAGGCAUGGAAAGAAGUGAGGGCCAGUGGAGAGCUCUUCUGGAAUCACUUGGGCUGGAAAUCAAGAGGAUUUGGAGGAAAGAGGGCGUAGGCGAGGGAGUGAUCGAGGCCAAGAAGCGAUAA